AUGUGGAGCAUCUACGCAGUCGCAGGCCUGGUCCUGCUUGCCGUUGCUUUGUACAAGCUCUGGCAGCGCUCCAGUUCUCCACAGUACGCGCGCAUCGUCCCUUCUGAUGACUAUGAUGACUUGCCCGACUUGAUCGACACAUUGCCGCCGCUAUCAACCUCACGACGGAGGUGGAGAAGGAAGGAGGUGGACCGCUUCUUGGAGUCGGAGGAGGAGCAGUUCACCUUCGAGGAGUUCUACUGCAUGCUGGGCCCGUGGGCGCUCGGCCGGCAGAAGGAGGCGGAUGCGGCGGCAGACGCGGCGGACGCUGCCGCAAUAGCGGAUGCAGCGGCGGAGGAGUCUGCGGCUGAGGCGGCCGAGGCAGACGCGCAGCCGCAGACUACGUUUGGCUCGGUGGCCGGGAUCGGCUCAUCGUGGCUGGGCUCCUCGGGCCUCAUGGAGGGGCUCGGCCGGCUCAAGUCGGCCGCCACGGAUGCGGCGGGGCUGGCAAAGGCGGCCGCGAGCGAGCUGUCCGAGAAGGGCGCCGCUGCAGGAGGCACACUCCGCUCGACCGCAAAGGCGGCUGUGGGUGCGGCCAAGGCAGCGGCUGCCUCCGCCGCCGAUGCCGGCGUGCUGCGGACCACCGUGGUCGAGUUUCUGGUCAUCAGCGGCCGUGAGCCGCCGCCGCCGAAUGCGAGCGCUACAACGCUCGCUCACAUGCUGCGCGCACGAGGGCUGCAGCUGGUUAAGGCCGCCGAGUCGAGCCGCGCACAGGCGGUCCAGAUGGCGGCGGCGGGGAAGGCGUACAAGGCUCGCGCAAAGGCGGAGGGCAUGCGUGCGGAGGCGGCCAGCCGGGCGGCCGAAGCGGCAGAGUCCGCGUCUCGGCAGGCGAGGCGUCACCUCGACGCGGCGCUCGCGCGAGUCGCCGCCCUCGAAGCAGAGGGCGGGCGGGCGGGGCGAAUCGCAGCGUCUUUGGAGCCGCCGCCGCACCUCCACAGCGGCAGCGCCACGCCCCUCGCGCCGGCUGGCGGCGGCAGCGGCAGUGUAGCAGUUGGCAGUGGCGCCGGCGAGACGGCGCGUGCCGGGCUGAGGAUAGACGCCGUGUCCGGGGACAGGGUGCGGCUCUCGGUCACC